AUGAGGGGUUUGAGGAAUGACAUUGAGGAGUCUGUGAGGCCAUUGGGAAUCAGAGUCUUCCAACAACUGGUGGAGAAAGCUCAUGAAGUGGAGUCGAUGAAGAAUCGUCAGAGGGGCAAGUAUGACAGCGGAGGUCCGAUCCGUUAUGGGCAGAGGCCGACCGGAAGGUUUGAGGGACAGAGGCAAGCUGGUAGGUUUGACAGGGGCAAGGCUCCGAUGAGGAAGCCUUACCAACGCCCUACUGACAGGGUGCCUUUUGCUGGAAGGAAUGUGGCACGUGCUCCUAAGGACGAUGUCGUUAUUUACAAGUGCAACCAGAAGGGACACUAUUCGAAUGAAUAUGGGAAGGAGGUUGUGUGCUGGAAGUGCCAGGAACCAGGACAUGUUGAGAGAAACUGUCCUAAUGCUGCUAAGGCCGAGCCAGUGCUAAAUGCUGCCAGGGGAAAGCGACCUUCUGCUCCAGGUCGUGUGUUUGCAAUGUCUGGGAAACAAGCUGCUGUGACUGAUGUUCUUAUCCAGGGUACGUGUUUUAUCGCUGGAACUUCUUUAAUGGUGUUAUUUGAUUCUGGUGCUACACACUCAUUCAUUGCUGAAGAGUGUGUGAAAAAGUUAGGAUUGCUAACUGCUGAUUUACCAUUCGAUUUGGUGGUGACGACCCCUGCCGCCGAUCGAUUAGUUACGCGCACGACAUGCUUGCAAUGUCCGUUGAUUUAUGGGGAUCGGAAGUUCCUUGCGAACCUCGUCUGUUUGGGGCUUAAAGAGCUCGAUGUGAUUCUGGGGAUGGACUGGUUGGCACAGUAUCACGUUCUGUUGGAUUGUGCUAAUAAGGCCGUAGUAUUUCCGGAUUCUGGCGUUACGGAUUACUUGAAUUCGUACAAUUUUGGAAGGGGUUCACUAGUAUUCGUGAACUCUAUCGUAGCUGCGGCGAAGAACGACGGCGACGUACGCAACAUUUUGGUGGUGCAAGAUUUUGUGGAUGUGUUUCCAGAGGAUGUGCCUGGAUUACCGCCAGUAAGAGAAACAGAGUUCUCUAUUGAUAUUAUGCCCGGUACAGGACCAAUAUCAAUGGCACCUUAUCGGAUGGCACCAACAGAGUUGGUGGAGUUAGCAAAACAGUUGGAGGAUCCCUCUUCCAAAGGAUUUAUCCGACCAAGUGUGUCGCCAUGGGGAGCACCGGUGUUGUUGUUGCGGAAGUACAUGGCUGAUGAUUCUCAUGUUCUUGAACCUGACGACAUUCAGCUAAAGGAUGAUCUGACGAUGGUGAUGCCACCCAUCAAGAUCGUCGACAGGAGCACGAAGCGUUUAAGGAACAAGGAGGUGUCCUUGGUGAAGGAAAUAAUUAUGUGUAAGGUCAAGGACUCCAAGAUAAGUGACUUUGAGUUGCUUGGAGGCCAAGCAUGGUGCCAUGGCCGAAUCCCAUGA